GAUUUUGCUAAAGUUUUCAAGGAGUUUUUGAAAAAACAUAAAGCGCCUGACAGAAUUGAAGAAAUAAGCUUAUAUAAUUUCUUACUAUUUUGUCAAAAGACCCUCGCAGAAAGAUCAGAAACACUUAAUUGGGAAGAUAAGUCAUCUGUGCACCAAGAAAACUAUAACGGAAUUAAAAAAAAAACAGACAGUAGAAAUCAAACAUGGGAAAAACAUGGCAAAAAAGACCUGAAGAAUGUGCUAGAAAUGUAUAAGAAAGUAUAUACCAAAGGAUAUUAUCCAAUCCUUCAAUUUUGGGCUGAUGUUGCAGCAAUCCAUUAUAUCGGACCUAAAAACUAUGAAUCUCUUAUUAAUAAAGUUCAAACUUUGAUUAGUUCAUGUGAGGACGUCAAUGUUUUAAAGUGCACUGCAAAGUAUGUUGCAAACCUUUCAGAACAACAAAUUAGAACAAUCAUCCUGAAGGCUGAAAAAGGUAUAAAGUCUAAUAUUAUAAAUAAUUAUACGGAGAUGAUGUUACAAAGCAAUCUUCCUUCUUGGUUUUCAGAGUGUUUAAAGAAACUAAAAGAUUAUGAAGAUGAAUUGUUUGAUGUUCCCAUCAUGAACCCUAUUUUUUGCAACAUUAUAGACAUAAGUAAAUUUGGUGCAAAAAUUUGGCAUCAAAUUUUUGAUAAAAAUCAAAUUAAGCUGCUUUUUCUGGAUAAAAUUUUUGAAUUUUCUCUUUCAGAAUAUGAAAAUAUUUAUCUCAGAAUAAAAAAUGCCCUACAUAAAUAUGAAAUGAAUUCAGAAUGUGCUCCAAUAAUUGAAAUAAAUGGAUUUGAAACGAAGGAUAAAGCAACAUAUCUUAACAUCUUAGAAAAUUGGUUUAGAGAGUGGGUUAAUCCAUCACCUGUAAUGCCUGAAUCGUAUUAUGUGGAGAUUUACAUUUAUCGACCACUUCAAAUAAUUUUGCAUGAUUUACUAUACUUACGAAUUCAUCUCUAUGGUCCUGAACAUGAAACUAAAUGUUUUUUUGAAAGAAGAAGUUGGUAUCAUUAUCCGCCGUAUGGCAAGUGGCCAUCAGAUUUAGAGGAAUCUCGAAGAAUAUUUGAUGUACCGGAUGAGCUCAAUGAUAAAAACAUUAUUGUUGAAAAAAAAGUUAUAAUUAAAAAUCAAAUCGAUGAUAAAUCUAUUAUUUUUUCAUCAAAUGCUACUAUUCUAUUAAAUGAAGAUCCGAAACCAGGAAUUACCUAUGUUCGAGUUUAUUCUAAGAGGUUGAUACAGCCUAGUGAUGCGAUCCGUAAAUUUCAAAUAAUAUAA